CCUCCCGCGCCCGGCGACGGGCACAUGCACUGCGCGGCGCGGCGGCGGGAUGGCUCCGGCUCCGCUCCCGGUCCCGGCCCCGGCGGCGGGCGCUGAGCCGCGGCCCCCCGCGCUGCUGCCGCUGCUGCUGCCGCUGCUGCCGCUGCUACUGCCCGGCCGAGCCGCCGGCCUGGAGGUGCAGCGCAAGUUCCUCUCGCCCACCCUCACCAACAACUUUGCGCUGGACGGCCCCGGCUCCCGCGUUUACCUGGCGGCCGUCAACCGGCUGUUCCAGCUGUCGGGGGGCGAGCUGACACUGGAGGCGGAGGCGGCGGUGGGGCCGGUGCUGGACAGCCCGCUGUGCCACGCACCGCAGCUGCCGCAGGCCUCCUGCGAGCACCCCAGGGUGCUCACCAACAACUACAACAAGAUCCUGCAGCCCGACCCGGAGCAGGGCGUCCUUGUCGUCUGCGGCUCCAUCUACCAGGGCCUCUGCCAGCUGCGCAGCAUGGCAAACAUCUCGGCAGUGGCCGUGCGCUUCCCGCCGGGCGGGAGCGACUCGGUCGCGGUCUUCCCAAGCAUGCUGAACGUCGCGGCCAACCACCCCAACGCCUCCACCGUGGGGCUGGUGCUGCGCCGCGGCGGCGGCGGCGGCGGGGCGCGGCUGCUGGUGGCCGCCACCUACACUGGCUUCGGCAGCCCCUUCUUCCCCCGCAACAACAGCCUGGAGGACCACCGCUUCGAGAACACGCCCGAGAUCGCUAUCCGUGCCCUCAACGCCCGCGGCGACCUGGCCAAGCUCUUCACCUUCGACAUCAACCCCUCCGACGACAACAUCCUCAAGAUCAAGGCGGGCGACAAGGCGCGGCACAAGCUCAGCUUCGUCCGCGCCUUCUUGCAGCACGGGGCCACGCCGCCCGCCCGCCGCCCGUACGCCUACCUGGCGCUCAACAGUGAGGCCAACGCGGGCGACAAGGAGAGCCCGGCGCACAGCCUGCUGGCCCGCAUCUGCCUGGGCGAGCCGGCCGAGGCCACCCUCAACGGCAGCGGCGAGACCAAGAAGCUGACCGAGUCCUAUAUCCAGCUGGGGCUGCGCUGCGGCGGCGCCGCCGACGCCUUCACCCGCCUCGUCUCCGUCUUCCCGGCGCGGGCAGCUUGGCGCAGCCCCGCCGCUCCUCACGGCCCGGCCCCGGCCCCGCCGCCCCCCGAGGAGCUGCUCUUCGGCGUCUUCGAGCGGGCCGGGGCCGGCGGCGGCCGGGGGCGGCCGCAGUCCGCGCUCUGCGUCUUCCGCUUCGCCGAGAUCGAGGAGACGAUCCGGGCCGCCCGCAACUCCUGCCUCGUCAGCCCGGCCGCCGGCAUGGUUACCGUGCUGGACAGCGUGGUGCAGGGCACCGGCCCGGCCUGCGAGAAGAGAAAUAUACAGCUGCAGCCGGAGCAGCUGGACUGCGGAGCCGCGCACCUGCAGCACCCGCUGGCCAUCCUGAACCCGGUCACUGCCACCCCCAUCUUCACCUACAGCGGCCUGACCGCCGUGGCAGUGGCCAGUGUCCACAACUACACGGUCGUGUUCCUGGGCACGGCCAGCGGAGGACUCCUCAAGAUAAACCUGGACAGCACGAUGAAGGUUAUUAGCAGGAGAUCCAUUUCGGUGGCUUAUGGAGAGCCUGUCCACCCCAUCAUGCAAUUUGACCCUUCUGAUUCCACUUACCUCUACCUGAUGACCUCUUACCAGGCCCUGAUAAUACAAAUAAAUGGAACCAUCCCGAACUUGAAUGGAACAGAUAUUUCAUGUGACUAUGGAAACAACAUCCGCACGGUAGCCAGAGUCGCUGGGGAUUAUGUGAACCAAUUUAUUUAUUGCAGUUUGCUUCCACGCGAGAAAUAUCCAGCAUUUCCUGAUGACCAAGACCACGUGGUCGUUGAAACUUCUCUCCGGGUCAACAGCAAAAACAUAAUCCGGGCCAAUUUCACCAUCUAUGAUUGCAAAAGGAUUGGGAACAUUUACCCCACAAGAGCGUGCACCAGCUGCCUCUCAGCCAGGUGGAAGUGUCACUGGUGCCCCUCCGCCUACAGCUGCGUCUCCAACCGCUCGCAGUGUGAGGAUGCUCUGCGGAUGGAGCAGAAGAAAAUUGACUGUCCUCAGAUAGUACCUGCCCCUAUGGAGCCAAUGCCCACGGGGGUAUCUCAGAACAUCAUGAUCUCACUGGCCAAUGCAACUUUCGCUAAGGAGACAGCCCUGGAGUGCCAUUUUGGGGCAGACGGGACGUUUGAGGCGCGCUGGGUGAACUCCUCUGCCGUGGAGUGUGUGCACGUGCUGCUCCACACAUCAGAGAAAAGCCAUCGCUUCCCAGUGAACCUCCAGCUGAAGGACAAACCAGACAGAUUUAUCGACAGUCCAGAGAUGAUGACAGUGGAGGUGUACAACUGCGCGACCGGCAGUGCCGACUGCUCCCAGUGCCUGGGCAGGGAGGACCUGGGCCACCGCUGCCUCUGGAGCGAGAGCAGCUCCAGCUGCAGGCUGCAGACCGAGCCCCCACAGGUCGCUGAGGCCUGCCCACCUCCGGAGAUCCGCAAGAGUGGUGUGCCAGACCGGAGAGGCUGCGGAGGCGUUCUCAGACGUGGUCACGGUCAACGUGAGCCGGGAGGGGAGGUCCAGGGAGCGCUACUCCUACGUGCUUCCCGUGGUGCAGUCCAUAGCUCCUCUGAAUGGCCCGAAGGCAGGAGGAACAAGAGUGACCAUCAGAGGCAGCAGGCUGGAUGUCGGCUCAGAGCUCCGUGUCCUCAUCAACUCCUCCAAGCAGUGCACGGACCUCAGCCGCACGGACAGCAGCAUCACCUGCACCAUGCCCGCCGCGGAGCUCACCGCGGCCGUGCCAGUCUGCGUGCAGUUCGAGAACAAGUCCUGUGCCAGCCACAACAUCACUUUCAAGUAUGAGAAGAACCCGGUUAUAUCGGACAUCAACCCCAAAAAGAGCCAGAUCAGCGGGGGCAGGAUCAUCACGCUGGAAGGCAGAGGCUUUGGGCUGGUGCAGAACGUGUCCAUGGCUGUGCGUGGCAUCGGCAGGGAGCACACGCGCUGCAAGGUGCACACGGACACGGCCAUCACCUGCCCCUCUCCAGCUGCCUCCAACGUCACUGCGGGGACCAAGCCAGCCCCUGUGGAUUUCUACCUCAACGGGCGCCUCUACGCUGAUGAGCGCUCGGCCCUGGAUGAGGAGAUGUACCCCGAGGAGGCCCUGCACGUCAGCAAAUUCAGCCUGGGCUACUACGCUGACCCCCAGUUCUCCACAGCCAAGAAGGAGAAGUGGAUCAAGCACCAUCCUGGCGAGCCCUUAACUCUGGUCAUACAUAAAGAACCUGACAGCCUGGGCCUGGAGAGCAAUGAAUACCAGGUGAAAAUCGGCCUGAUCUCGUGUGAGAUCCAGAUUGUUUCAGACAAAGUCAUCCACUGCUCCAUCAACGAGUCGCUGAGCUCCUCGGAGAGGCAGCUGCCGGUGACGAUCCAAGUCGGAAAGUUCAACUACACAAUUGCCAUGCUGCACCUUGGGGGAGGAGAAACCGCCAUCAUUGUCUCCAUCGUUAUCUGCAGCAUCCUGCUGGUCCUCUCUGUUGUAGCUCUCUUUGUGUUCUGCACAAAGAGCCGCAGAGCUGAGCGCUACUGGCAGAAAACCCUGCUCCAGAUGGAGGAGAUGGAGUCGCAGAUCCGCGAGGAAAUCCGCAAAGGUUUUGCAGAGCUGCAGACAGACAUGACAGACCUGACCAAGGAGCUAAACCGCAGCCAGGGAAUCCCCUUCCUGGAGUACAAGCACUUUGUCACCAGGACGUUCUUCCCCAAAUGUUCCUCUCUCUACGAGGAGUGCUACAUCCUGCCAUCCCAGCAGCCCAGCUCCCAGGUGGGCUCCCAGGUGCAGGAAACACAUCCACUCCUGGUGGGGGAGUGGAAGGUUCCUGAGAACUGCAGACCCAACAUGGAAGAAGGAAUUUCUCUGUUCUCCACCUUACUCAACAACAAGCACUUCCUCAUCGUAUUUGUCCAUGCUCUCGAGCAACAGAAGGACUUUGCUGUCAGAGACAGGUGUAACCUGGCCUCCCUGCUUACUAUUGCACUGCAUGGGAAACUGGAGUAUUACACCAGCAUCAUGAAGGACCUCUUGGUGGAUCUAAUAGAUGCUUCAGCUUCCAAAAACCCCAAGCUUAUGCUGAGGAGGACAGAAUCUGUGGUGGAGAAGAUGCUCACCAACUGGAUGUCCAUCUGCAUGUACAGCUAUCUCAGAGAGACAGUUGGAGAGCCCUUCUUCCUGCUGAUCUGUGCCAUCAAACAACAGAUUAACAAGGGUUCCAUCGAUGCCAUUACAGGGAAGGCCAGGUACACCCUCAACGAGGAGUGGCUGCUGAGGGAGAACAUAGAGGCAAAGCCGAGGAACCUCAAUGUCUCCUUCCAAGGCUGUGGGAUGGACUCCCUGAGUGUCAGAGCCAUGGACACGGACACACUGAGUCAAGUGAAAGAGAAAAUUCUGGAGGCCUUCUGCAAGAACGUCCCCUACUCCCAGUGGCCAAGGGUGGAAGACGUUGACCUUGAGUGGUUCGCCACCAGCACCGACAGCUACAUCCUGCGGGACCUCGAUGACACCUCGGUGGUGGAGGACGGCAGGAAGAAACUCAACACGCUGGCACAUUACAAGAUCCCUGAAGGGGCAUCCCUGGCCAUGAGUUUGACGGACAAGAAGGACACCACGCUGAGCAGAGUGAAGGAUUUGGACACUGAAAAGUACUUCCACUUGGUUCUCCCAACUGAUGAGUCAGUGGAACAUAAGAAGUCCCACAGACAGAGCCAUAGGAAGAAGGUUCUUCCAGAGAUCUACCUGACACGGCUGCUCUCCACCAAGGGGACACUCCAGAAGUUCCUGGAUGACUUGUUCAAAGCCAUUCUCAGUAUCCGAGACGAUAAACCACCCGUGGCUGUGAAGUAUUUCUUUGACUUCCUAGAGGAACAGGCAGAGAAGAGAGGCAUCACAGACCCUGACACUCUGCACAUCUGGAAGACCAACAGCCUACCACUGAGGUUUUGGGUCAACAUCCUGAAAAACCCGCAGUUUGUGUUCGACAUUGACAAGACAGACCACAUCGACGCCUGUCUGUCUGUGAUCGCCCAGGCCUUCAUCGACGCCUGCUCGCUCUCGGACCUGCAGCUGGGCAAGGACUCCCCGACCAACAAAUUGCUGUAUGCCAAGGAGAUCCCCGAGUACCGGAAGAUAGUGCAGAGAUACUACAAGCAAAUCCACGACAUGCCCCCUCUGAGUGAGCAGGAGAUGAACGCCCACCUCGCCGAAGAGUCGCGGAAAUACCGAAAUGAGUUCAACACCAAUGUCGCCAUGGCUGAGAUCUACAAAUACGCCAAGAGAUACCGCUCCCAGAUCGUGGCCGCCCUGGACGCAAACCCCACGACAAAGCGCACCCAGCUCCAGCACAAAUUUGAGCAAGUGAUUGCUCUCAUGGAGGACAACAUCUAUGAGUCCUGCAGUGAAGCCUAGGCUGGCUGCAGCCCUAGAAGUGACCUUUCUUGCAGCACAGUGCCGCAAGGGACCCUGCCUUCAGCUGCAGGCACAGCUUGGUCAUACUCAAACCAGCCUUGUGGAGAGAGUGGGCCUGGCCAUGGCUACAAGUUUGCCUCACUUCACAAGUAACCACAAGACACCCUUCUGAGCAGCUAAAACUCU